AUGCGAGGCCUAGAGGCUGACUCUGCAAUGAUUCGGGCGGUCACUCGAAUGGGGAGAUGGAUCGACACUCAACGACCUCGUGAACUUACAGAAGAGCAGAAGGCUAGUAAGCGGGAUAGUCUCGCCAAAAAGCUUAAGGACGGCGGCAAAAAGAGCCGUAAAAGGCUAGACCGGCUCCAUCAAUUGAAGAAAAACGUCACGAACACGCGCAACCGGUUGCUUUACGAUCUUCGGAAGCGUCGGCAACUGGCCGGCAGUGCGCUUCACGAUGAAGAAACGAAGGAGAUAUUGCGGACGGAGGAAAAUAUGCUACACCAGCAGAUCUUCUUGCUUAGAAAAUUGACGACAUAUCCGACAUCGCUGUCUUUAGAGGCAGAGUGGACGCGGCAGAAUAAGGCUAUAGAUGCUGUUCGCAUAUAUUGUGACGUGCGAGAGGGUGGUCCUCGUCGAGGCCGACGGUAUCCAGGGAGGUUGCCGCCUGCUAGGAAGGAUAUUGCAGCGACCAGCGUUCCAGCUCCCAGUUCCGCAACAAACCAAUCGCUAUCGGCACCAUCAGAAGAAGCACUGCGAAAGGCAGAGACUCAUAUUCAAAAAGCCAUUAAACCAUUGGGGUGCUUCCAAUACUACGGAAAUAUAGGCGAAUCGGAUGAACGUCGAAUGAAACAUUAUUCUCGCCACAAGCAUCUUUUGCGUCAUUUCAGAGCCACGCAUUUGGAUGAUCGCCACUGCAACUACUGCAACAAGCCGGUCGAACAUGAAAUGGGCUUGAGGAGACAUGCGCAUGAGAAACAUCGUCUGAAGACUUAG